AUGGCGAGGAAUCCGGGCUGCGCCGUCUACAUAGGUAACUUGGAUGAAAAGGUCUCGGAGAGGGUUUUGUAUGAGAUUCUUAUUCAGGUAGGUCGUGUAGUAGACUUGCACAUACCCCGUGACAAGGAAACUAGUCGACCCAAAGGUUUUGCUUUUGCUGAGUAUGAAACAGAGGAGAUUGCCCAGUAUGCUGUUAGGCUGUUUUCUGGCCUUGUUCGGCUUCACAAUAGAACACUUAAAUUUGCGAUUUCUGGGCAAGACAAGGCCUCUUCAAAUGUCAAUGUUCCUGUAACACCUAAAAUGAACCCUAUACCACUAUCAAAUCCACCUCAAUCAAUGAGAUUUGGUGAUACUCCUGUGUCACAACAUAGAGUGAUAAACGGUAGGAUUGCAGGCCAUGGUGUUUCUCCAAAUCAUUCUUAUGAUUUCCAUUCCCAAGCAUCAAGUGGGGUAGCAAGUAGAGGAUUAAACGAUGGUACAUAUGAGUAUAGUAGACGUGUAUUUGGUUCUGUUAUGAAUGAUGUUAGCCGUCGAGCUGACAGACAACCAGUUCCAUACCCGUCCUACUAG